UAAGUAAAUCCAGUAAAUUUAAUUCGAAAAUUUAGUUAUCAGUCGAGCAAGGAAACAAAAUUAAAAUCAGGUCAACAACACUCAGCUCGUUCUUUAUCAAGUUUUGCUCGUUUUCUGGAAAAAUAAAAACUAUCCUUCAAGCAUUAUAGAAAGAAGACAGGUAGCUCAGAAGAAAAGAAGAUUUUGGUGUAUUGGUGCGCGGACUGGCUUUUGACGAGGCAGUGGCACAAAGCUUCAUACACAAAUUUCGUUUUCUAAACGUGUACUAAGAAUACCACAAAAUUUUACCAAACUCGAUAAGGAAAUUUGAAUUUUCCAUUAUAUAGUCGUUUUACCUGUAGGAAGAAAUGCACAAAAAAUGUGUUGUUUUUUUUGACAUUGGUACCCAGACACGUUUUACCUUCCGACCAAAUUUCAAAGGCUCUGUGGACACCCUGUGAUAUUGAAGCCAAAAUUCAAAUAAAAAAYGGACAACCUGGUAAUCGCGGUCAAAAAUUCAAAUAUAUUUGUAAUACAAAGUAUCGCUACCUUAUUCACGACUUUCAAUGGCGCGAUAUGUCACGUUCGCCGACCAGAGCACUGGGGACGAAGCACGAAAGCAAGGUCUCAGAGGCAAGCCUCCGUACAGUGCUCUUCGCUGGAGUAUUGCAAGAGURUUUAGUUAUAUAAUUAUAGAUAACAUAUCAAACAAGAUCCACUUGGUGGAACAUACCGUGUCCAGGCUACGCUAAUAUAUACUUUUGCCAGCGUCGCGAUCGAUUUGAUAGAUUUUGCGUGUGAUCUUUUCACAUCAUUUUUUGAAUAUUUUUAUCAUUGCAGCGAAAAUUUAGCAAUCGCAUUGCAUUCACAUUAUCCUCAGAGAAUUUAUAAGAUUAAAGUUUGCAAAGAAAGAAAGAAAAAAAUGUUAGAAGCUGCUCGACUCGAGAACAUUCCCCCUGGGGAUGACAAGCGUGAUGUUGAGGUUCUGAACGGUAAACUAUUGUCAAACGUUUUUUCCAAGAUUGUAGACUAAGACAGAAGGAGAUGGAAAAUUAUUUCCAUAUAUUUAAUACCAUUCUUAUGGUUUCAGUUGACAAAAAAAUGAACAGCCUGUAUGUACCGAAAGAUUGGUGUCCCAAUGAAAGGAUCAAUAAAGUAAUUUUUGAAGGUCUUGGCACGUUAUUCAAACGAGAAUGGGAUGGCCUGUAUGGAAAUAACCAGAGGGAAGACUCCCAAGGUCUUGAUACGAUAUUCAAACAACAAUGGGAUGACCUGUAUGGGAAUGACCAGAGGGAAGAAGCCCACCUUUCUUUUCUUCGUGUAAUUGAGUUGUCACGUUUAGGUAUACCACCGAUAGAAUCAUACCAAUUACCUGAUAUGAAAGAGCAUAUUCGUGAAAGCGUUGAAGUACUAAUUGAUAUUCACCACAGAAGUUCCUUAAACUUUGAAGGACUAUCCCUUGCUGAAUUCCACGACAUCACAGAGACAUGUUUACGAAUGUUUAAAGAUCUUAAAAUCGACACAACUGAGUUACAAAACGUUAUUUUCCAUUUACCAAUAUUUACUGACAAGAAUUCGACGAUGCAGUGGAUGAAUGAUAAUACGGAAGAAUAUCUUAAGAAAAUUAAAGUUAAGCAAAGCCUAUGUUUGGAGCUACCUGUUGUCUCGGCCAACACAAUACAUCGAUCGAAAGAACUUKYUAUGRUUUCGAAKGAAAUUGGAUUGCUAUCAAGUAAAAAGRAAGCAKAWACAUCGAUUGUAAUUCUUCUUGGAAAUCCAUGUUGUGGGAAAACUACUCUAGCAUUACAGUUUUCCCUUGACUUUGUUAGUUCUGAAAUGCAAAGUAGACGACCAAGUUGUGUUGUCUGGAUUAAUGCUUUGACCAUGGAAACACUGCUGGACUCCCUUUUUGGAUGUGGAAGAAGACUCGGAAUUCAAAAAUUAAUUCUAUCAACCAUUUCCCAAUCAGAACAUUUAUCUCAUGAUGAUAAAGUGGCACUAUUAAUGAGUCUAACCUUUGAUGUACUUGASAUGUAUGACUCGUGGUUGAUUGUUUUUGACAAUGUCCAAGACAUACAGUCGUUUCUUACUUKUCUACCAACAGAAGGUGACAACGUUCGUGGUCAUGGCUCUAUAUUAAUUACCACAACCGAUGCAAAUCAGCCAUCGCUUUCCAACACUCGCACUAUUGAUAUUGGGGGAAUGUCAGUAGACGAUGCUAUGAAGCUGCUAUCCCGGGCAGGGGAUCUGAGUGGUGAAAGUUACCAUUCUGCAUUAUCUUUAGCCAGGAUGUUAGAAUUUCAGCCUUUAGCACUGGCAUGUGCAGCUCAUUAUGUUAACUCUACUCGGGAAAAAGAUGACCAUCGAGAUAAAUGGCAAGAGUUCGUAAAGGAAUUUAGUGAUCUAGAAGGAGAAUCGAAGCCCGCACUGCAUAACGCCAUUGAAGUGGCCAUACGUCAUGUAAUCACAAAAUCAGAGAUGGUGCUUGCUUUUCAAUACAUCAUAGCGACACCCCAAAACGAUGCAAUCCAAAAGAAAGAUUUGGUCCAGUUUGUCAAAAGACGCAUGCCUGAAUUCGAUGAGAAUGCAUUGAUUUCUUCCCUUUUGUCAUCUCCUUUUGUUUCUACGAACGAUGACAAUUCGCAAUUCUCCUUCCAUCCCACUGUUCGUGCAGUUUUAGAAGAGGUGGUUCCUACUGAUACCAACGUACCUCAUGAAAUUCUUGCUCGUGGACCCAGAGCUGUGGAAGCCUACAGYAAAGCYUUGAAAGGKGGUAAAGUAUUCGUUUACCGGGGACGUGUAAUGAUCAUUGGCCAGGAYAGAGCUGGUAAAACCUGUCUUCGCAACUCCCUUUGUGGUUUACCAUUCGAGCCAGAAGAACCGAGUACAGUCGGAGUAGAUGCAGCCCUUUACGGUUUAGACGUAGAUCAUGUGAAUGCUAGCGAUUUUCAACGCAAAGACAUGGAGUUACUCAGUCGCGAUAUGUUACCAUUUCUCAUUGCUAAAGAUCUCAAGUCAUCGGAGAAACCAGACGUAGAGCUUGAAGAGCAACCAGUGUCUUUAAUUGGAGGUAUUGAGAACGAUUCCAGUAAUGCAGUAACGGUUAAUACUGAUGAAGUUGGUGAUCCCGACGAGCAUGUAGAGCAAUCGCGUCAACGUGCAUAUGAAGCAAGUGAUAGAGAAGAAACCCCCAAWGAACGAGUGGAGGAGUCAACAUCCCCUCUCGCUGGCGAGGCUGCUGAAGUUCCAGAUGAUGUAGUUCAGUCGAUUAUCGAGUGUCUUCGAAAUGAACGGAUUGAAGAAGCGAUCUCAGACGAAGAAAUCACAAUAAGUAUUUGGGAUUUUGCUGGACAACACUUGUACUACGCAUCMCAUCAAGUGUUUUUGUCCCCAAGAGCAACUUAUAUUCUUGUAUACAAUCUUGCUAAAGAUUUGGAUGCCGAAGCUGAGCCAUGUGUUCGUCAAGGCACAGUGGAUCAUUUGCUAGACAAUCCAAAUAACGAAACCAAUUUGGACGCCAUGUUAUCAUGGCUCAAUUCUGUGCAUACCGUCUGCCAAACUGAAGACAUUGAUGAACAAGAAACACCCCAGGUGAUCAUUGUUGGUACACAUGCUGAUAAACCAUAUGAAGAUGUCAAACAGAUGGAAAAGAAACUCAAGAUUGGGGUUUUGGGUAAAAGCUAUCAGAAACACGUAACAAAGCCUUUUUUUACUGUCAACAAUGUGAAGUCWUCAAAUGAUGAUGGCAUUAAGAAGCUCCAGCAGAAGAUCAGGGAAAUAUUAGACAGGGAUCCCAACAUAGGAAAAGAAGAGCCUUUACGCUGGCUUGUGUUUGAAAAGRCAGCUAAGUCCCUCGUGAGCAAGAACACCUACUUCCUUACUAUUGAAGAAACGAGCAACAUUGCCAAGGAGGUGUGUCUUAUUGAUGAUCCAAAUGAAUUGAACACAAUGCUGGACUUUUAUCAUGAUCUUGGUAUCAUGAUCAGAYAUGGCAGCAUGGUCGUCCUUGAUGCCCAUUGGCUGAUURAAGUUUUCAAGACGCUUAUCACAAUCAGRGACUUCGAURAUAUGGUAGGAAAACUCAUGUGCUUCCUUCCCUCCAAUAAUAUCCAUAUGCAGGGUUUGGUAGUCUCUAGAAAAUCCACUCAGUAUGAUCCUCUGUAUAYGGAUCACUGGCKGGAGAUGGAGGAAAGUGGAAAGCUGAGCAUGCAGCUMACAGAUUAUAUACUUGAAAAAGAGCUUAAAUGCAGUCAGGUCAAAGACGACCUCCUCAAAAUGAUGGAAGACUUCGGCCUGAUAGCCUCUUUCAAUCAGGAAGGAAUGGRRKCAUGUUACUAUGUUCCUUCCCAUUUAAGGUCKUCKCCGAGUGAUGUUYUCGAGCAAACGUCAUCUUGCGCAUGUCCAUUGUACAUCUACUUUCCUGGUGGMUUUAUACCACAUGGCAUACACACCAGGCUARUUUGUGCAUUAAUUUCUUGGGMUAAAGUCGAAGAUGAGCCAACUUUGUAUCGUGAUGCAUCAGAGCAUUUCCUCGACAUGUCUUCCAAAACGGUCCUCACMGUUUUGUGUUUCAGAAGUUCCAUCAAGCUUUUACURCAAUCCCAAUCUACGGACAGGUCCUACAUACACAACAUAGCACAGGAAGUCAGGAAGUUUGUGGAAGAUACUUUGACGGAGCUGAAGCAGUGUACUUGGUACAGAUGCCUGUCAUACAAGAUCUGUAUUWGUUGCCCAUCAUGCGCRAWGAAAUCCUGCUUCCGRCAUGGCCGUACCUUCUGCAGUGAGGAGAAGUGCUUGCACUUAUUGCCCUUAACAAACGAWCGGCCAUUUAUCUGCAAGAAAAGUUGUGGAGAUGAAGCUCGGUGGCCUGAAAUCUCUGGAUGUGAUAUUUGGUGUCCUGAGUUCGUUUAUGAUAGUGAUACAGGUUUACCAAGCUGUGUACCACCUACAGGUUCAUUGGACCUCACCGAUAAUGUUAAGAGAUGGGUCGUUGUUGGUAUCUCACUAAACACAGUGCUKAUUCCCCCUGUCCGUGAAUACCUUGUGCCACUCAUGGAAAAUCACUACGAGAAACUCAAGACCGACCACAAMAUAGAUACCCAAAGCUACCCCAGUCAGUUGAAGAAAGACGGGUCAUCCGAUUUGAACUAUAGAAGUAUCAACAAUAACGACAUUGUCAAAGGAACUGCAAACUACAACUACAAAGUAGCAAAUUACGUUGAUCUGGGGAGACUCUACUUACAGCCAUAUAUGGCGAAAUUUACAGAUUACAACGAGACUUGUGAUGCAUCAGCUGUACUCAAGAUUCUAGUAUCUGCAAGUGUGUUUGCUUCGGUCAAAAUUCCAGCAGAGAAAGUGAAAGAUGACAUCCGAAAUAAAUGGGGACAUUGCAAUAUCGACGAAUGGGAUGAAUCGRUGUUUAAUAGCUGUUUCGUGACUAUGGAGGAAUUGGUGCAUAGUUUGAGUUUGCCUCUGGAUGACAAGCAAAGGAUUUCUGACGAACUUAGCGAAUGGAAAAAUCAAGGUGUUCAACUUCUUAUGGGAGGAAAUUCAAAAUCCGAAAUGAAGUCUCUUUUGGAAGGAGUUGGAGAUCUCUCUAAGAAUUUAGCAGCCCUUAUUGAAAAUGAAGAAAAGCGAAAUCGUGCUGACCAACUGUUAAGUGAUGUGAAAACAGCAAUUGACAAAUCUCUGAAGAACGAACGAAGAAUUGAAUCUCUGGAGAAAAGAGUUUCUGAACUAGAAAUACAGUCACCAAAAUGAAAAAAAAACAAUAACAACUAGAAGUAUUAAGUAAACUGACAAGGUAAAAUGCAUUUAACGACCUCAGUGUCGAGAGAUGGCUGAGCGAUGGAAAUGGCAUAUUUCAGCGCUCUGAGCUCUUGUCAAGAAAAAAAGUAAAUACUGAAAUACUGCAAAAGCAAUAGGCGAUUUGCGCAAUGGCGUACGCUUCUCAUUCUACCAGUUCCAGAUUGUUGUGUCAGCUUUCGUUUGUAAUGUAGUUAGUCCCAGUUGUUUUACUAAGCUGCAAAGGGAUUAAAGUCUGAAUAACAAUAAAAAUAAGCAAAGCAUUCUGGUAGUGGCGUAAAAUGACGGACGCCAUAAUGCAUUUCGCAUCAGUCAUUUGUAUUCUUCAUAGUAAUGGUGGAAAGAGGAUAGAAGAUUCUAAAAAACACUCAAUCUACAAAGACGAUUUCUGCAUAAAAUGUCUUCUUUAUAUAUAUAUAAUAGGCUUUUGCAUGAAACCGUCACACUGGUACAAAAUCCACUGGGAUUUCAAAACAAAGAAAAGUCAAACUUGACGGGGGAAGUUCCUUUUGGUUUUGAGGUUGUUUACAUUCUUUUGACAUCCACUAUGGCGGAUUUUGUACCAUGUGACCGUUCUAUACUGAACCAGAAACACAGUAUCCAUUUAUUGUUUGUUUAUCACUCAUGCAAAUUCAGGGAUGGCCCAUCGGCUAUACAUCAAAAUUUUAUUUGUACCCAAUCCGAAUGUAACAAAUCGCAAUGAUGUUCUUUAUUCUUCUAUGUUCGGGAGGUUAACYAAYGKCUUUCGCCACACUUCUCAGAGACCGAAUCUCGACAGUUCAAUCUCGACAGUUCAAACCAGCCCCAAAAAUCCCUCUCUCUCAAGCACGACCAUGCCUUUUAUCCCGAAACCUAGCCUCUCCCACGGGACAAUCACACACAAAAACAUUCACGAGAAUACAACACAAACACAUAUCAAAUCGCCCAGUCUACACGAAUAAAAAGGAUAUCCUGUUCAGGCGUGGCCAAGACAAGUGCAUUGGAAGUAGGUGUGUACAACUUUACAUAUAUCAUUGAUCUUGUUUCAUCAACCAUUAAGUUUUUUUAUUACCAAGAUUUCUGGCCUUAGGCCCAUCAUCAGGGUUAAUGGAGUCAACACUACAAACGUUACAAUUCCACGCACGAUAUGGCGUAAACAAACAUGACUUGACAUAUGUCAAAUUUUCCAGGUGAAAUAUUUCCAAUUCAAAUGGACCAUGACAUAUAUAGAGAGCGAUUUCAAAUAAAGCAUGGUAAUGAAUACAAAAUGUACGCAAACCAUGGUUUCAUUGCAGACUUUGUAUAGGUUGACAAGCCAGUUUGAUUCACUUGUACUAACAUUUGUAAGACUGCGAAGACAAAUGUGGGAUUGCUAUAGAAAUUGAGUAAAUCUAACAAAAAUUGCUGUGCUAAGUAAACAAAAAAGGAAAGCCAUGCAUUAAUUAAUUCACUUAAAAUUACAAAGAACUAAGUAGGUAGGCCAUGUGUWACAAAGGGGAACAAACCGUUUUGAAAUUAUACAAGUGUAUUUUGCUCAUUUGAAUUUUACUCAUCAUUUAUAAUCGCGAGUGUGGAAUCGCUCUAUUGUAAUGACUAUAGUCAGUGAAUAGUGAAUAAAGAUACUUUUACUCUC